ACGACAGAGCUGAGCCCGGCCCCGAGGAAUUUUUGUAAAUCUUGAAAGGACGAAAUCUUCAUCUUCGAAAGACAUUUGGCAUACUCAUUUUCUCCUAGACUUUUUUGAAUUGUUACAUCGUGAUGUUGCCUCUUUCUCUAUUAAGAACUGCUCAAAACCACCCUAUGCUGGUGGAACUGAAAAAUGGUGAGACAUACAACGGUCAUCUUGUUGCAUGUGAUAACUGGAUGAAUAUCAACCUUAGAGAAGUCAUCUGCACAUCAAGGGAUGGGGACCGGUUCUGGAAGAUGCCAGAGUGUUACAUCAGAGGAAGCACUAUCAAAUAUCUUAGGAUACCAGACGAGGUCAUUGACAUGGUCAAGGAUGACAUCGUAUCUAAAGGUCGUGGCCGAGGAGGCGGUGGUCGAGGAAGGGGUCGUGGUGGAUCUGGCAGGGGAGGUGCAUUUGGUCGAGGUGGUGGUCGUGGAGGAGGACGAGGUGAUGGCAAGAGGGGUGGAAGAGGAGGACCACCAAAGUCAUAGCAGAUCAUCAUCAUUUAUCAGUGUAGUUUGUGAUUUAUGUUAGCUUGAAUACUUCUGAUCCAUCCUUAGGAAUUCCUCUCCCCUUGGGUAACAGUCUGAACACUUGGACAGUAUUAACGAGAGGUACCCUUAUAAAUCUUUCACAUUGCAGUUAGGUAAUGUUUCAUAGUUGAUUGAAAGUAAUACCCAUAUUUACGCAAGAUUAGUAACUCUUUGUGGUGCCAAAUCAUAUUCUCAAUAAUUUUGAUUUCCAUCAUCUGUGACCCCUAAGAUAAAAAUCAAUGAUGAUUGUGACUUACCCAUCACCUUCACCAACAGUGAUUAUUUGCUUACUAACCAGAACAAUUUGUAACUGCCAACCCAAAUGAAACAGAAACGACACGAUGACGUUGACCUUUAAUCAUACUUCAAAAGGCAUUCUUGCCAAGGUUUAAGGCCUAUUUCAUAUCUUUCCAAUGCAAGUUAAAAGUAAGAUCUCAAAUGUACACCAUCAUAUUUGGUUGAUACGAGUGUGUAAUGACCCAAUAGCUGCUUGUACCAAAGUAACCCAGAUAGCUACAAUUGAUAGGUA